GGUAUUGCGGCAACUAUGCGCCCCGAAGUAUGGUCCCCCUGGUUGAGUCGAGCUCUUACAGCUGCCAGAUAUGCGAGUUUCAGGGCCGAAGCCACGAGGAUCUACGUAGCCAUAUUCGGGCUCACCUUCCAUGGCCAGUCGCGGCACUGCGACCUGACUCACGCGCUCGAUCUACGCAGACACCUCGGCCCUCCUCUUCCCGAGCUGCGGAUGGCGGCGGCCGCGGCCGCGGAGCAGCCCUCGGACAUCGCAAUGCCCUCUUUCAUGAAACGUGCUGGUGCGGACCUAUCAUCGGUGGAGAAG